GCGACCGCCGCGCCCGCACAAAAUGUCUGCCCGGACGCCAUUGCCGACCGUGAACGAGCGGGACACGGAGAAUAAUACAUCUGUUGAUGGAUACACUGAACCACAUAUCCAGCCUACCAAAUCAAGUAGUCGACAAAACAUACCACGGUGUAGAAAUUCCAUUACAUCUGCUACAGAUGAACAGCCUCACAUUGGAAAUUAUCGUUUGCUAAAAACAAUAGGGAAGGGAAAUUUUGCCAAAGUGAAAUUGGCAAGACAUGUUCUUACUGGUAGAGAGGUUGCAGUAAAAAUAAUAGAUAAAACUCAGCUAAAUCCUACCAGUCUACAAAAGUUAUUUCGAGAAGUACGAAUAAUGAAGAUAUUGAAUCAUCCCAAUAUAGUAAAAUUAUUUGAAGUUAUUGAAACAGAGAAGACACUGUAUUUAGUAAUGGAAUAUGCCAGUGGGGGUGAAGUGUUUGAUUACUUAGUUGCCCAUGGAAGAAUGAAGGAGAAAGAGGCCCGUGCAAAAUUUAGACAGAUUGUGUCUGCAGUACAGUAUUGUCAUCAAAAGUGUAUUGUACACCGUGAUCUCAAGGCAGAAAACCUUCUUCUUGAUGCUGAUAUGAAUAUUAAAAUAGCUGACUUUGGUUUUAGUAAUGAAUUUACAGUUGGAAACAAAUUAGACACAUUUUGUGGAAGUCCUCCCUAUGCAGCUCCUGAACUUUUCCAAGGAAAGAAAUAUGAUGGCCCUGAAGUAGAUGUAUGGAGUCUUGGCGUCAUUUUGUAUACAUUAGUCAGUGGAUCUUUGCCAUUUGAUGGUCAGAAUCUAAAGGAACUGAGGGAGCGAGUCUUACGAGGAAAGUAUCGUAUUCCAUUCUAUAUGUCUACAGACUGUGAAAAUCUUCUGAAAAAAUUGUUAGUACUGAAUCCAAUAAAAAGAGGCAGCUUGGAACAAAUAAUGAAAGAUCGGUGGAUGAAUGUUGGUCAUGAAGAAGAAGAACUGAAGCCAUAUACUGAGCCUGAACCAGAUUUCAAUGACACAAAGAGAAUAGACAUUAUGGUAACAAUGGGUUUUUCAAGAGAUGAAAUAAAUGUAUCCUUAAUAAAUCAGAAAUAUGAUGAAGUCAUGGCUACAUACCUACUUCUGGGCAGAAAACCACCUGAAUUUGAAGGAAGUGAAUCUUUGUCCAGUGGCAACUUAUGUCAGCGAUCUCGACCCAGCAGUGACCUAAACAACAGUUCUAUGCAAUCUCCUGCUCAUCUGAAGGUCCAGAGGAGUAUAUCAGCAAAUCAGAAACAGAGGCGUUUCAGUGAUCAUGUUGGUCCAUCAAUUCCUGCUGCUGUGUCAUACACCAAAAGGGCUCAGGCUAACAGUGCGGAAAGUGAGCAAAAAGAGGAGUGGGACAAAGAUGUAUCUCAUAAACUUGGCAGCACUGUAGUUGGAUCCAAAGCAGAGAUGACAGCAAGUCCUCUUGUAGGACCCGAAAGAAAAAAAUCUUCUACUAUGCCAAGUAACAAUGUUUUUCCUGGAAGUGGUAUGACAAGAAGGAACACAUAUGUUUGUGAAAGGACUGCAGAUCGCUAUUCUGCAAUACAGAAUGGGAAAGACAGCAGUCUGACAGAAAUGUCUGUGACUAGCACAUCUUCUGCAGGAUCUGCCAUCACUUCUGCUGCACCGUCGACACGGCCUCGACACCAGAAGUCUAUGUCUGCCUCUGGCCACCCCAUAAAAGUCACAUUGCCAACCAUCAAAGAUGGCACUGACUAUCGACCAGGCAGUACAACUCAGAGAGUUCCUGCUGCUUCCCCAUCUGCUCAUAGUAUUAGUGCUGCUACACCAGACCGAACCCGUUUUCCUCGUGGGAGUUCAAGUCGAAGUACUUUUCAUGGUGAACAGCUCCGAGAACGACGUAAUGCUACUUAUAAUGGACCACCUGCUUCACCAUCACAUGAAACUGGUACAUUUUCACAUGCCAGAAGGGGGACGUCAACUGGUAUAAUAAGCAAAAUAACUUCCAAGUUUGUUCGCAGGGAUCCAAGUGAAGGCGAAGCCAGUGGCAGAACUGACACCUCAAGAAGUACUUCUGGGGAGCCAAAGGAAAGAGAAAAAGAGGAUAGUAAAGAUUCCAAGCCACGUUCUUUGCGGUUCACUUGGAGUAUGAAGACUACUAGUUCCAUGGACCCCAAUGAUAUGAUGAGAGAGAUCCGAAAAGUGUUAGAUGCAAAUAACUGUGAUUAUGAACAAAAGGAGAAGUUUUUGCUCUUCUGUGUUCACGGAGAUGCCAGACAAGAUAGCCUUGUUCAGUGGGAGAUGGAAGUCUGCAAGUUGCCUCGCUUGUCACUUAAUGGGGUCCGUUUCAAAAGAAUAUCUGGGACUUCUAUUGCAUUUAAGAACAUUGCAUCCAAAAUUGCAAAUGAGCUUAAACUAUAGAGAAAACUAAAUUUACAGGAUCAGGGAAGAUGCAUACAUGAUCUCCAAUUUGUGAAUGUACUGAUAAUGCCUAAUGUGAUUGGCCUGUGAAACUCCCCCUGUAGAAAUUGCCCUUAUUGCAAUAAGGUUAUACAUAGUUAUGAACUGUAAAAUUAAAAUCAGUACGAAUUAUAUUAAAUAACUGUAGCUAAAAAUGUUAUGUUCACAUGUACAGGUAAGUAAAUUGAGUAUUCUGUUCAUUUUAUGUUCAUAGAAUUGUAUAAUAAAAAAGAUAAUUGCUUAAAAAAAGAUCUUGUAUAGUCGUCUAGAUUUCUGCACAGAAAUAUAUGUU